CGACCCUUUGGUGGGAUUAAACCAUUUACUGCGCAGUGUGUGUGUGUAUGUGUGUGUAUGUGUGUGUAUGUGUGUGGUACAGAUGUGACAACGGGGACAUUUGGAUCAGGAUCUUAAACGGAAAUACCGGAGUUCAAUUCUUAUCCCGUCGAUAUGCGGAUUCUCCCCAAAUAAACCCAGUGGAUUAUAAUAAACGGCUCUGCAUGUAUCUUGAUCCGAUAUCUUUUUUUGGAAACAACAUUUUCUCGGAAUAUCUGGAAUAGGCUAUUCAGCAUGAUCUUUGCAAAUACUGCUAACCCGUUGAAGAGUGCAUAUCGAAAGCAGUCGUACCCCAUGGCUCCAGCCAGCCCGAGCACUGUUAGCAGUAGCAGCAACAGCAGCACCACAGGAUGGGACCAGCUCAGCAAAACCAACCUCUACAUACGCGGUCUGCCCCCCGCAACCACCGACCUGGACCUGGUCAAACUCUGCCAGCCAUAUGGCAAGAUUGUAUCGGCAAAGGCCAUCCUGGAUAAAACAACUAACAAAUGUAAAGGGUACGGUUUCGUGGACUUUGACAGCCCCUCAGCGGCCCAGAAGGCAGUCCAUGCCCUGAAGACAAGUGGGAUCCAAGCCCAGAUGGCUAAGCAACAAGAGCAGGAUCCAACCAACCUGUAUAUCUCCAAUCUGCCAGUGUCAAUAGAUGAACAGGAGCUAGAGGGGCUCCUGAGGCCCUUCGGACAGGUGAUCUCCACGCGCGUCCUCAGGGAUUACAGCGGGGCAAGCAGAGGAGUCGGCUUUGCCAGGAUGGAGUCCAAGGAGAUGUGUAACUCGGUCAUUGCCCACUUCAACGGAAAGUUUAUCAAGACGGCGCACGGAACUAUGGCCCCCUCUGAGCCCCUGCUCUGCAAAUUUGCUGAUGGUCAGAGGAAGAGGCACAGCCACAGUCCCUAUGUGCCCAACGGCCGCACCUGGCCCCGGGAGGGAGAGCUGAGACUCGGUGGAAUGACUCUGACCUACGACCCCACCUCAGCUGCUAUGCAGAACAGCUACUACGCGUCUCCCUACGCCCUGGCAACCAACAGAAUGAUGACUCAGCAGGCCAUGUCGCCUUACAUGUCCGCCGUCACGUCAUACCAGGUACAGAAUCCUUCCUGGAUGGCCCACCAACCCUUCAUCAUGCAGCACCCGCAGGCAGUAAUGUCGCCCUCUGUGGACCACACCAUGUCAAUGCAGCCUACCGCCAUCAUGACACAGCAAAUGGGCCACCUCUCACUGGGCAGCAGUGGAGCGCAGUAUAUUUCCGCCAACGCUGCUGUGCCCUACAUGUCUCCGUAUGCCCACAUGCACCAGACAGCUGACAAUGGUUCUCAGCAGCAGGUCGAUUCAUCCAACAAUUCAUCUCCCUACAGCCAGCAGAGCAAGUAAUAGUGAGGUGAAUUCUGAGUAGUAAUGGAUGCUGUCGUCGCUGACUGAUGACGUCACAGUCACAGCCUCUUCUGAUUGGACCAGUAAGAACUCUUUUGCACAGCUUCAACCAAACGACUGUGUGAUGGAACAAACAGCAGUGAGAGUGUGGUGUGUAAUACGAGGAUACAGAUGUAAAAAUGGACUCAACCAACAAUUAUUCCCCCUUUCAAAAAAAAAAAAGAAAAAAAAGUUUUAUUUUGAUAAACGAAAAGACGUGUAUUUUAUACCACGGAUUCUCCAAAUGGAUGCAAUGGGGCAAGUAGCCUACAGUGUGACGUGAGGUUAAAAGGUGCAUGAGAUUGAUUUGCUUUUUUAAGAAUCUGUUGAAUUAAGGAAAAGGAGAUUCCCAAUGGUUUUUAUAGAUAGUUUAUUAGUCAAGAUAUACUGUAUGAUUAAUUUUAUUUUGCUUGCAAAGAGUGUUCAUUUGGUGAGGUGUUACUCGUGAUUAUUUUGGUCUUGAUAAGCUACUGUCAUUAAAAUUAGGCUUUUAGGAUUAUUGUCAAACUGAAAAGAUUUUUCUGUAUCAGAUUAAAUAAGUAGGGUUGGCCGUUUUGGCAGCUGUCAAUCAAUCAGUGGAUAGAGAACUGAUAAAGAAUCAGAUAUUUUUGCCAAAUACAUGAUGGGUUGGAUAAUGUGCCUUCCUAAAACAUCAGAAUAGUAAUUGAACAAAGGCUGGCACUGAUUUUGUAAUGUUUCACUAUUUCUCUCCAUGGUGAGUGCCAGUCUGGUUUAACAGAAAGGCCUCUCUUAAUCCAAACUACUGUCGGUCUCUGUAGACCUUCAAGUAUAGGUGUUUCGUUUUCAUUUGUCAUGUUUCGCACACAACCAACGAUCCUACACUCACUGAUCUCAUCCCCCGAAAUAAUUCAAACACGGCCUACAAUCAGAAUGAAAAAAGACUUCAAUUUAAAAGGCGCUUUUUUUCCCCCUUCUCCUUUUUACUUUUUAAUAGAUAAUAUUAACGAAGAAAGCUUUACUUUUAUGAUGAAAUUGCAAUCUGUUUUACCUUACACAAAAUUGACGGGGUUGUCUUUUUUGCUCUAGUAGUCAUCUUGAUAACAUUUGGUCAUGUGUGACUGGUUUAAUCUACCUCAGAGUUCUGUCCGGGCUGGUAUGGUUGGGUUUGCAGGUCCACCCCCCCCCCUCACCAGAACAGAACACAUAGGCUGAGUGCCAAACCGCAUCCUGUCCCUCAUGUUGGGCAUUCUUUUUCGGCUUGGCCCCAGAAGGUUCGCCCAUAGAUCGCUGGUCAAAAGUUGUGCGAUAUAUAGGGAACGGGAUGUGAUUUGAAAUGCAUCCAAAGCCAAGCUCAGGAGCUGGCCAAUAGCAGUUUAUACAUUUUCUCUCAUGAUGAAAUCUCCCUCCUUACUACUCUGUCCUUAAAUAAAUACACCUUUUGUCUUGUUUAGUGUAGUAUCAUGAUGAAUCUUGUUUUAAGUUUUGUUUUUCCAAUAUGAACAUUGUUACAUGUCAAGUAUGGUCUUAGCUCCCGCCACAGUUUUAAGAGUCUCCAAAGCUGAAAAAAAAGCAAAGCUGCUAAUCUAACAAAUGUUCCAAUAAUGGAGGAUGAGGUGUUUUUAAUGCGAGAUGCGAAUUGACCAUAUGGUAGUGCAGGACGGCUAGACUUGAUGUAUUGUACCCUAGAAACACACACACACCUCUGUAUGGAACUUUUUGUUGGCAGCCCACGUGGUGAGUGGUUGCCGAAGUUUGUAAGUUGGAAGUUUGAAUGGCAACCAUUAUAUUUUUAGUCUUGAAUAGCUAGCGAUGUCUAAACCAAGUGCAAUUCUGUGUCUGGAUCUAUAGGCUAGUUGUACCACAAAUUCAACCAACACGUGUGUGAUAUAGACUGGCUGAUGACGAUAAAUGAAAUAGUAGUAAUUUAUGCAGAAAGAGAGAUUGUUUCUAUAAGGUGGAGAGUGAUGUUUUGUUGUUUUUGUUUUACAUGUCUAGAUGAUGAUGAUGAUGAUGAUGAUGAUGAUGAUGAUGAUGAUGCUCAGUAACACCAGAUGGAAAAAGAAAAAAGAGCUCAUUUUUUAUUUUUGUUUCCUGUGUUGCUGCCGUUGGCUUCUGUGUUGGUUUCACCAGAUUGUUCUAUCAAUCUUAUCCUCGUGCUUUCCUCCUAAAAACAUUUGAAUAAAAUCCCACCAUUAAUCAAUCCCAUAA